ACACUGACCAUUUUGAAAAAGAUGGAAACAGGUAGGAAUUGGUUUGAGAACCUCGAGAUAAAGCUUGAUUAGUGUCAGUCACAACAUAUCCUCAUGUAUUUAGUCAUAUCCUUAUUAAGGAAGCGCAUGUGUAUGGUUUAGUAUACAUAUCAAGCUUAUUCCAGGCUCCUUAACACGCAUCUUUUUCAUCAAAGAAUGUACUGUACUCUCGCCACAAUGUCCCACUCUUUUUGACUUGGCAUGAAUAUUAGAUAAGAAUGUCCUACUUAUCCGCCGUUUCCUUUCCUAAUUCAUGAUGUGAGAAAUCCACUUAUCAUUAUUGUUCCAAGUAACUAUGUCUCUAAAAUUCAUGCCUGAGAACCCUUUCCACUCAUCCUCGAAGCUGCUGCUUUUAGCGUACAUAUCAACCAACGCAUAACCAGCAAUUACAUGGUUCUUAAAACCAUAUUUAACGACAAGUCACAAGUCCAUGUAGAAGAUCACCGUGUUUAAAAAUAGACAAUUCAGCGACUGAGUUUAAUUAAAAAAACAGCAAAUUCAGUCUCCUCGUAAGACCUGCUCUGGAAGUAAACUUACAUGAUGGAUGUGUUUACCACUAGCAUCAACAUCAAGCAACCACAUUUCUCUGUCAGACAUUUAAUCGAACUGCUUGCGUGCGCGAACAAUUCCUCUAUAAGAUUUCCGGUUUAAUUUCGGUUUGAACUUUACGAUUUGGUUAGACCGGAAAACAGAUUCCGGUAUGGUUACUUGGAUUGAACAUCAUCAGCAACUUUCUAUUCAUCGAAAGAUACAUCAAACGCAUUUAUUUGGAAAGAUUCUCCCAUUUUUUCCACCUCUCUCGAUCUUUGAGCUUCACUGGGAACUAAGGAUGAGUAAACUAGGGCUUCCAUUGAUGAAUCUCGUUAAACUUAGAGGAACACCGAUUCUGCAGCAGUUGCUUCUUGAAGAAAGGCUUCUUCGAUCUUCCUCUGCUAAUUGGUGUAUCCUUAACGACGGAACCAAUCUCCCUAACAUUGUCAUGGGUUUGUCUGGGAAGCCUUGUGAACUUGUUGAGCUUGAACCUGUCAUAAGAGAUCGAAUACCGGUUAUCAAGCGAUUUACUGGAGGAGGAACUGUGAUUGUUGACGAAAACACUCUUUUCGUGAGUUUGAUUUGCAAUAGAAAUGAUGUUCCUGAUGUCCAGCCUUAUCCACGAUCUGUCAUGUCUUGGAGCGGUUCCUUUUAUAGUCAAGUGUUUAACGGGAUUGGUGAUUUUCAGUUACGUGAGAACGAUUAUGUUUUUGGUGAUCGUAAGUUUGGUGGAAAUGCUCAGUCGAUAACGAGGAACAGAUGGAUUCAUCAUACGUCGUUUCUAUGGGACUAUAGUGACAGUAACAUGGCUUACCUUAAGCUUCCUUCAAGAGUGCCUCAGUACCGGCUGGAAAGAGAUCACACAGAUUUCGUUUGUAAAAUGAAGGACUAUAUUGGAAGAUCGGCCUUUAUAGAGAAGACCAUAGAGGCGGUGGGAACACAAUUCAUGUUGAAGGAACUUAGCUUGGAUGAGAUCGAUGAUUCUUGUAGAGAGCAUGUAGAAAGCACUAGACUCCUCACAUUGGAUGAACUCAAAGAAACAUUGGCGAAAACAACUCGAACUGAGAGUAUUGCUCAAGUCGUUUAAAUGAUUUAACCUUUUGAGAUUGUUAAAUAAUGCUAUAGCUUUCUUCUUAUGCUUCAAUUUUUUUACGGUGGUUAAAUGUGUACUGGUGACUCUUAUAUAGAAAAACAAACUCUUAUACAAAAUGCAACCUUGUUAUAUUAA